CCAGCUUGAAUCAAAGGUCAAGCAUGCCAACUUUCAACUCUAUCACUUGCAUGUUCCGAACAAUCGUGAAAAACAACGUUGGGUCUAAAUCUAAUUCAAUAUACCCUUGAGGAACAGAAAGCACUUCCCCUUCUUUUCAGCCUGGCCCUGGGAAGGGUAAAGUGUGAAGUGCAUGUAUAUCAAAGACGUGAUGACUCAUUGUCACGGCUGACUCAAUUUCACGGCGACAAAGGCCAGGACAGUCUGGUUACGCUCAUCGAGCGUGCCGCCGGCGCCAGCUGUGGCUUUUUAUCGCAGUCACAGUUGUGCCGGACGAUGGACACCUGUUUAAUUGGCUAAUGAGGGUAGCCCAAUGAAGUCGAGUGAUGUGUGUGUCAAUCAGUAGGAUCACAGGCUGCCAUCAUGCCGCGCUCGGUGCUCUUCGCGUUCUGCUUCCUGUUGCUGCUGUCGGCAGCCCGGACAACCCUCGGACAAGCGGUGACUGUAGACGAAACCGGCGUCCUAGUGCAGGAGUCGUCUACAGAACCCACCGACGUUACCGGAGAAGCGUUGCCCGUUGUAGAACCGUCGGUGGGACCAGAAGCGCCGGAAUCGGCUGGUGGAGCAGGUACCAUCGAAAGUGACGACGAAGACCACCACGAUCACCACCAUGAGCAUGACGGACACGAUCACACGGACCUCGAACACAGCGAGGAUUCAGACUGGGUCUACCGCUCGGAGAACUCCACCAACAUAGCCGUCAACUCUACCUACGAGCCUGAAAUGAACGCCACCACGGAGUUUCCCGGCAACUUUACCACCGACCUGCCGGGGAACACCACCGGAUCGCCCACCAACAGCUCGGGUGCGCCGCUGUCCUGUUUUGUGUGCAGCACAGUGUCUGAGCCCGUGUGUGACGACCCGUUCAGUGAGACGGCUGCCGAGGCCGCCGGCCUGCUGCAGGAGUGUCCAGCGGUGCCCGGCCUGCGCACCGUCUGCCGCAAGUCCUGGCAGGUGGUGCCCGGAGACACGCGGGUCAUCCGCUCCUGUGGACACGAUAACGACGUGCGCGCCUGCUUCGUGACGGCCGAGGCGACGACGGCCAGCCACGUCUGUCACUGCUAUGAGGACGGCUGUAACGGCGCCUCGAGGGCUCAGAUGACGGUGCUGGCGGUGCUGUCUUUUGUCGUUGUCCAGGCGUUUCGCUAAGGAUUGAGGCUGAUUGCCGAGCUGCUGCUUUACCAGGGUACCGGCUCCCUAUUAACUUAUUUUUGUUUAUUGUAGAAGGUGGCUUGUUUCUGUACAAGGACUGAGUAGGUAGUAACUAAUGGCUGCUAUCAAAUGAUCGUGGACAGUGUCGAAUAUUGUGGACGUAAUUAGACAACGAUUGUGGCGGUAUAUGGUGGCAUUGCAGUGAUAUUGUGUGAAAAAUGUUCAAGAUAAUGAGGGCAUUCCAAAUAAACUUUACUUUCGGUCA